UAUUUAGUAUAUGUAAUAUUUGUAUCAUUCUUCAAUAAAACAAUUGUUUAAUGCUAAUAUUAAACAAUUGUUUUAUGAAUACUGAUUUUGUUUUUCGCAUAAUCAUGUUGUGGUAGCCAUUAAUAAUUAGUUAAUAUUACAUAAAAAUUAAAAUAAUCUUGUUAAGUAUGUCAUCUUCCGGAGAUUUUGGUAAUCCUCUUAGGAAGUUCAAACUGGUGUUUUUGGGCGAACAAAGUGUUGGUAAAACGUCACUCAUCACAAGAUUUAUGUAUGAUAGUUUCGAUAAUACUUACCAGGCCACCAUUGGUAUUGAUUUUUUGUCUAAAACUAUGUAUCUUGAAGAUAGAACUGUAAGAUUACAGCUAUGGGAUACAGCAGGACAAGAAAGAUUCAGAAGUCUUAUUCCUUCCUAUAUUAGAGAUUCUACUGUUGCUGUUGUUGUAUAUGAUAUAACAAAUGCCAAUUCUUUUCACCAAACAUCAAAAUGGAUAGAUGAUGUUCGAACCGAACGUGGUAGUGAUGUCAUAAUAAUGUUAGUUGGUAACAAAACUGAUUUAACGGACAAACGACAAGUAUUAGCUGAAGAUGGUGAACAUAAGGCAAAGGAGUUAAAUGUCAUGUUUAUUGAAACUAGUGCUAAAGCUGGUUACAAUGUUAAACAAUUAUUCAGAAGAGUGGCAGCAGCAUUACCUGGUAUGGAUGUAGCUGAGAAUCGACCACCUGAAGACACUGUCGAUUUACAGAAUCAUGCGGCCAAUCAGGGAGACUCACAAGAGUCUGAAAGUAGCUGUAUGUGUUAAUUUCGAAUGUUGAACUUUUUAUACAUUUGUAAUAAUCUUAAUGCUUUUUAAUUUUUAUAUAUAAAUAAAUUUAACUAAGUCAUGGAA